CUGGCUGGCGGGGCGAAUGGGAUCGUCUGAAUAUUCAAAAGACACACGAGCAAGGGUUAACUCACAUCUCCAUUCUUGCUCACAACAUCAUACCAUCACCACCCUGCCUCUAUAAUCAAUCCAUACCAUAACCUCAUAAAUAACCCUUCUCAAAAUGUCGAUGGGAGACGUAGGAAUCCACUCGCUCAAAAAGGCCGCCGAGAUCUUUCCCGACGAACCUCCCAAGAACGAUGGCACCAUCAACAAGCAUUCGGCGCUCCUCACCCAGGACCCCAGUCGGGGAGGCGUCCAGGCUUACAUGUAUGCGCUUGGGCUGACCAAGGAGGAUAUGAAAAAGGCGCAGAUCUGUAUCGCCAGUGUAUGGUUCGAGGGCAACCCUUGCAACUCUCACGCUCGGGACUUGGGAGAUAUCGUCAAGACCGGAGUGGAACAGGCCAACAUGGUCGGUUUCCAGACGGCCGUCCCAGGUGUCAGUGACAACAUCGGGAUGGGCCACGAUGGCAUGCUCUACUCGCUUCCUAGCCGAGACAUCAUCGCCGACGCCCUCGAGAUGAACAUCGAAGCCCAUCGAUACGACGGGGCCAUCCUCAUCCCUUCUUGCGACAAGAACAUGCCCGCCUGUAUGAUCGCCGCCGCAAGGUACAAUCGACCUACCAUCCUCGUCUACGGAGGUGCGAUCUUGGCUGGGAGACGAACCAUGGACUGUCCUGCCCUCGGAGCCAAAGCUGGAGAUCCGUUGAACAUCGGGAACUUGCACGAGAGUUAUGGAGGGGUGUUGAGUGGGGAGAUUACGGCUGAACAGCACGAGGAUGUUAUCAAGCAUGCUUGUCCCGGAGCUGGAAGUUGUGGAGGGAUGUUCACCGCCAACACCAUGAGUUCGAUCAUGGAGGUCAUGGGCCUCACGCUCCCCUACUCGGCGUCCAUCCCUGCCCUCUACCCGGAAAAGAAGCAAGAAUGCGCUCGAGCCGGCAAGUACCUCCGUAACCUGCUCGAACAGGACAUUAAACCCCUGGACAUCAUGACCCGUCCGGCCUUUCUCAACGCGAUCACCAUCACCAUGGUCCUUUGUGGGAGCACCAACGCCGUGUUACACUUGUUGGCCGUGGCGAGGGCUUGUGAUGUCAAGCUCGAUAUGGAGGAUUUCCAGAGGAUCGCAGAGACGACGCCGGUGCUCGCCGAUCUUCAGCCUUCAGGCAGAUACAUGAUGGAAGACGUCCACAAGGUCGGAGGUACCCCGGCCGUGAUGAAGUACCUCUUGGAGGAAGGAUUCCUGGAGGGAAACGUCAUGACCGUCACAGGCAAGACGCUCGCCGAAAACCUCUCUUCGGUCCCCUCGCUCGAUUUCAGCACGCAGGACGUCAUCCGCCCUCUUUCCAACCCGAUCAAGGCGACGGGACACUUGCGGAUCUUCAAGGGAAACUUUUGCCCUGGAGGCGCUGUGGGCAAGAUCACGGGCAAGGAAGGCACGCAGUUCCGAGGCAAGGCCAUGUGUUUCGAGGACGAGCAGAGCGCACUGGAUGCGCUCAAGGGGAAGAAGAUGAUCAAGAACACGGUGGUCGUCCUGAGGACCCGUGGACCGGCGGGAGCUCCGGGUAUGCCGGAACAGCUCAAGUUGUCCGGAGCCAUCAUGGGCGCGGGUCUGAGUCAAGAUGUCGCGCUGCUGACCGAUGGACGAUACUCGGGUGCCUCCCGAGGUUUCCUGGUCGGUCAUGUUGUACCCGAGUCGUACCACGGCGGACCCAUCGCUCUGGUUCAGGACGGCGACGAGAUCGUCAUCGAUGCCGAGAAGAACACGAUCGACCUGCUCGUCGAUGAUGAGACGCUGGCGAAGCGAAAGGAAAAGUGGGUCAAGCCCGAGCCUCGGUUCAAGCGAGGGUUGUUGUACAAGUACGCCCAGUGCGUGUCGGACGCUUCGAACGGUUGCACAACGGAUGGCUCUUGAUCGUGUGGCCGGAGGUUGAAUCAUGUAAACCAAAUGUAUGUGAUCUAAACAAGCAUAUUGUUCUACUCUGCAUCGACAUUUGUAGCUUCAUCGUCCGGCGCGCGAUGUGUGCGGCACGGCUCCGCACGUUGGGCUUGUAGCCGGUAAACAUCAGAUACCUAAGGGUGGUUGAUGUAUCCCUUGGCCCUUGGGCAAUAGGUGAUGAAUUGCUUCCAGCUGGAGAAUAGAGCUGGUACAUUCACAUGCGUCACAAUCCGGUCUGCAUUGUCACUCUCGUUUAUCGCAUCGCUUUUCAGUAGUAUUGUUGUUCAAAGCAUGAAGCACGAGCUGCCGAUCUGCCUCGAUGUCCACGCGCGAUGACCGAAGCAGAACAUGUCUCGACGAGGCUCUAUCAGU